CGUGCUUCAGCACUUCUCAAGAAGCUUGAGGUGAAGCCUACCGACGAUGAGUAUGAGACGAUUAAGACAAGUAGGUGGGGAAAUAGGGACGUGUAUCCGAUCGCUCACGACAAGAGGACGUAUGGUGUCUAUGCAUAUGUGAGCUAUUGGGGUACAUGCGGCAUCUGUCUCUCAUCAUGGACUAUCGGAAGUAGUUUGAUCGGCAUUGGCUUAACGGCUGCCCAAGCAAUGACUGCGAUCACGAUUGGCAUGCUCAUUGCUUCCUGUACGGCGUUUCUCAACGGUACACCUGGAGCGAAGCAUCACCUAGGAUACGGAAUGCUGGCACGCUCAGCUUUUGGACUUUGGGGUAGCUAUUUCUGCAUCAUGCUGAAUGUUUUCCAGUCAUUUGUCUUCUACGGCACUCAGAUGUACUUUGGUGGACAAGCCUUUGUCCUU